ACUAUAUAACCAAAAUGAAAUAUUUAACUGCCCUCGCUUUAUUAACUGCUUUAGUUGCUGCUCAAGACGCCAAACCAUCUUCCACCUCAACCACUCAAGAACCAUGUGUGACUGAAGGUCCUUGUGCUGAUGCUAUUGCCUUACAAAUGGCCUCCUGUAAACAAGAAAACCUUUCCGAAGACUCAUUAAAGAUUGGUGAAUGUACCUGUAAAUUAGAUGCAAACUACUGGGAAACCUUAAGUAACUGUGUUCAAGGUUGUCCAGAAUUCAGUCCUCAUGCUCCAAAGAAUGACGCUGCCAGUUUACAAAAGUAUCAAUGUGAUGCUCUUCUUCCAUAUGCCUCAGGAGCAAGUUCUGAAAUUGAUGAUGCUAGUACCACCGAAGGUGUUAAGGAUGUUACUUCCUCUGCCAAAACCACUGGUUCUGGUUCUGCCACCAAGGCCACCACAUCUGCUGAAACUACCACCACCAAGGCUUCUUCUGGUACUACUGCUACUACUAAAACUACUGGAAGUGGUUCUGCUACUGGUGCUGCUGAAACUGAUUCCACUACUAGUACUAAGAACGGUGCCGCUGGUGCUGGUUUGGGUUCUUUGAUCUACCUUGUUGCUGCUGCUAUUCUCUAAGGUGCUUGAUUUAGGAAAUUAAAAUUACAAAUGAAAUAGAUUAUCUUUCUGUCGCAGGACGAUUAUUUAGCUAAUAUUAAUAGUGUAUUGUGUAUUUCCUCUAAUAUAAUUGAAUUUUGAUUGGAAUGC